AUGACUCCUUAUGAUUGGUCACAGGUUUGUAAAGCCUGUCUUUCAGGAGGCGAUUACUUAUUAUGGAAAACUGAAUAUGAUGAUCUUGCUAAGAGAGCUGUAGCCACUAGCAAAAAAUCCAGAGGAGGAAUAACCCUAGACAUGAUAUUAGGAGAAGGUGAUUUUAUCACGGCUCAGGAGCAAAUGUAUAUGCCCAAAGAGGCACUUAUUAAAGUAACCAGUUGUGCAACAGUCAAGCGAGUAAUCACUAAUGAAGAGGCAGCUGAUAUCCUAAUCAAUCAACUGGCUUUUGAAAAUGCUAACAACACCUGUCAGGCUUUAUUAAGGCUGAUUCGCAGAACAGGAACUAUAAAUGAUUUUAUAAAACAGUGUGCCAAUUCAGUGACCUCUUCAGGGCAAUCCAGGCAGUGCAGGAUUGGACCUCCAUUCCACCACCCACGCAUACUAACCCCAGACUCACCGGUAGCAGCCAUUCCUACAGGUGUGUCUGGGCCACUGCCUGAGGGAACUGUAGGUUUAAUAUUAGGACGGAGCUCCACCCCAUUACAGGGGAUCUUAAUCAUCCCAGGAGUUGUUGAUUCAGACUUCACAGGAGAAAUACAGAUUUUACUUUCCCCACCCACCACAACUAUACAGAUUCAGCUCAACCAGAGAAUUGCCCAAUUACUCCUGUUACCAAUACAUAAAAUAGGGACAGCUGUUACCCAGGAAGCUAGAGGGGCCGGAGGCUUUGGAUCUAGUGAUGCAGCAUUUUGGAUACAAGAAAUCCAUGCUACUAGACCUACAAAAAUUUUACAAAUUCAGGGAAAACCAAUUGAAGGUAUAUUGGAUACAGGAGCAGAUGUUUCCUGCAUAGCAGGGAAGGAUUGGCCCUCUUCAUGGCCCACGCACACCACCUCCACUUCCCUAGUAGGACUAGGCAAGGCAUCUAAUGUAAAAAAGAGUUCUCAGAUUUUAACUUGGGCUGAUGAAGAUCAACAUUCAGGAACAUUCUGUCCCUAUGUAAUUACGACUAUCCCCUUUACAUUAUGGGGAAGAGAUAUCUUGUCUCAAAUGGGAGUUCUAUUAUAUAGCCCCAGUGAUAGAGUAACAUCACAGAUGCUAGACACGGGAUCUAAUCAAGAAAAGGGCUUAGGAAAAGAAAGUAAUACCUCACACUCCUCGACAGGAUUUAUAAUUGGGGCCAUUGCCCAUAGGACUGCUGAUCCCAUAGUCUGGAAAUCAUCACAACCAGUAUGGGUCGAGCAAUGGCCCUUAACAUCUGAGAAAAUAGCAGCAGCCCGACAAUUAAUUGAUCAGCAAUUAGCAGAGGGACAUAUAGAGCCAUCAAAUAGUCCCUGGAACACACCCAUAUUUGUAAUAAAAAAGAAAUCAGGCAAGUGGAGACUUUUGCAAGAUCUAAGAGCCAUAAAUGCCACCAUGGAAGAUAUGGGCUCCUUACAACCUGGAUUGCCCUCCCCUGUGGCAAUUCCACAGUAGUAUUGUGUUGUUGUUAUUAACUUACAGGAUUGUUUCUUCACCAUACCUCUUUACCUGGCUGAUUGUCAAAGAUUUGAAUUCAGCAUACCAUCAGAAAACUUUAAACAGCCUUAUCAGAGAUAUCAAUGGAAGGUUCUCACACAAGGGAUGAAAAAUAGUCCUACAUUAUGUCAAAAGUUUGUAGAUCAGGCAUUGCAAGUUAUUAGAAAGAAAUUUUCAGAUCUAUAUCUUAUUCAUUAUAUGGAUGAUAUUUUACUAGCUCAUAAAGAUCG